CAGGCAUAAGGAGAAAGAAGGUUUGGGAUUUUCAGCGUGUGUGGUUUUGGUAACUGAAGAGUGUGGUGAAGCAGCAGCAGCAGAAGAAGAAGGAAUCGGCGGUUUUCAACUCACGAUCGCGUCUCAGACUUUGAUUCCGAUCGUUGCUUUGCUUGUUCGACAUUUUUCUUCCUAGUGGUUUUUCAGUGGCAUUUUGUAGCUGUAUGGUCGUAUGUGUUGUUUUCUCGCGCUGCUGAAAUUAUAUAUGGGCUGAGGGGCACUUUUCAUGGGAGGUGUGGAAGAUGAAGAACCAGCUUUGAAGCGAAUGAAGUUAUCCUCUAAAGGAUUAGUUGCCUUGUCUAACGGUUCUUCUUCUAAAGAGCCUGUUGGAGGCUUGUCCAGGGACUUCAUGGCUCGGCCCCUACCGUCUAAAGGGGACGAACAAGUUGUUGGUUCAAAAGGGGUUAUAAAGAAAGAGGAAUUUGUCAGGAUAAUUGCAAAGGCUUUAUAUUCUCUUGGUUACGGGAAGAGUGGGGCACAUCUAGAGGAGGAGUCUGGAAUACCUUUACACUCUCCUGGGGUGAAUCUAUUUAUGCAGCAAAUACUUGAUGGGAAUUUGGAUGACAGUGUAGCCACAUUACGUAAAAUUGCUCCCGCAGAUGAAAGCGUGGUCAGGUCAGCCUCAUUUUUAAUAUUGGAGCAGAAAUUCUUUGAGCUUCUAAAUCGUGAAAAGGUCAUGGAAGCAUUGAAGACCCUGAGGACGGAGAUCACUCCACUUUGCAUUAAUAGCUGUAGAAUUCGAGAACUUUCUUCCUACAUAGUUUCACCUUCUCCUAGACUAGAUAUUGCAAGGGUGAGGUCUCGGUCAAAGCUUCUAGAGGAAUUGCAGAAACUGCUUCCCCCUACAGUAAUGAUACCUGAAAAGAGGUUGGAGCAUCUAGUUGAACAAGCCCUCAUCUUACAACGAGAGGCAUGCCCAUUUCAUAAUUCAUUGGAUAAGGAGAUGUCAUUAUAUUCAGAUCAUCAUUGUGGAAAAGAUCAGAUUCCGUCCAGUACAUUACAGAUAUUAGAUGCACAUGAUGAUGAAGUCUGGUUUGUACAAUUUUCACAUAAUGGGAAAUAUUUAGCUUCGGCAUCAAAUGAUCGAACUGCAAUAAUUUGGGAGGUUGGCAUAAAUGGUGGACUGACUGUAAAGCAUAGAUUGACUGGUCACCAGAAACCUGUUUCUUCAGUUUCAUGGAGUCCUAAUGACCAUGAGCUUCUCACAUGUGGAGUGGAGGAGGCUAUUAGGCGUUGGGAUGUCUCCACUGGCAAAUGCAUCCAACUUUAUGAAAAAGCUGGUACUGGCCUAGUUUCUUGUACGUGGUUCCCUUGUGGGAAAUAUAUACUUUGUGGUUUCAGUGACAAGAGCAUUUGCAUGUGGGAAUUGGAUGGGAAAGAAGUGGAGUCUUGGAAAGGACAAAAGACCCUUAAGAUAUCUGAUUUGGAAAUCAUGGAUAACGGGAAAGAGAUUCUAAGUAUCUGUAAACCCAAUUCUGUACUGUUGUUCAAUAGAGAAACAAAGGAUGAGAGAUUUAUUGAAGAGUAUCAACCAAUAACGGCUUUUUCCUUAUCGAAGGAUAACAAAUUCUUGUUGGUUAAUCUUUUGAAUCAAGAAAUACAUCUAUGGAACAUUGAAGGCGAUCCUAGGCUUGUUGGCAAGUACAAAGGCCAUAGGCGUACCCGAUUUAUUAUCAGAUCUUGCUUCGGUGGCCUUAAGCAAGCUUUUAUUGCUAGUGGAAGUGAGGAUUCACAGGUUUACAUAUGGCACAGAAGCUCAGGGGAACUAAUAGAAGCAUUGCCUGGUCAUUCAGGAUCUGUAAAUUGUGUGAGCUGGAACCCAGCAAAUCCCCACAUGUUAGCCUCGGCUAGCGAUGACCGGACAAUUCGGAUAUGGGGCCUAAAUUCUAUGCACAACAACUACCAAAAUGUUCCCAGCAAUGGCGUCCACCAUUACUGCAAUGGGGGAUCUUAGAUCACCAACUCAUUCCAAUUGAUUUCUCUCUUUCUUUUCUCUCAUCAUUGCAAUUCUGUAAAUACCAUUUCUGUUACCCCAAGUGGACCAUUCAGGUCAAACAUGCACGUUACUUCUCGUAUAUCUCAUAUUUCAUUAACGCUUUC